AUGGAUGUGCCCGGCCCGGCGUCCCGGCGGGCGGCGGCGGCGGCGGCCACGAUGCUCCUGCGCACGGCCCGCGUGCCCCGCGAGUGCUGGUUCUUGCCCACCGCGCUGCUGUGCGCCUACGGCUUCUUCGCCAGCCUCCGGCCGUCCGAGCCCUUCCUGACGCCCUACCUGCUGGGGCCGGACAAGAACCUGACGGAGCGGCAGGUCUUCAACGAAAUUUAUCCAGUAUGGACUUACUCUUACUUGGUGCUGCUGUUUCCUGUGUUCCUAGCCACAGACUACCUCCGUUAUAAGCCUGUUGUUCUGCUGCAGGGACUCAGCCUUAUUGUUACAUGGUUCAUGCUGCUUUACGCCCAGGGACUCCUGGCCAUUCAGUUCUUGGAAUUCUUUUAUGGCAUUGCCACAGCCACUGAAAUUGCCUAUUAUUCUUAUAUCUACAGUGUGGUAGACCUGAACAUGUACCAGAAAGUCACAAGUUACUGUCGGAGUGCCACCUUGGUGGGCUUUACUGUGGGCUCUGUCCUGGGGCAAAUCCUCUUCUCAGUGGCAGGCUGGUCCCUGUUUAGUCUGAAUGUCAUCUCUCUUACGUGUGUUUCCGUGGCUUUUGCUGUGGCCUGGUUUCUUCCUAUGCCACAGAAGAGCCUUUUCUUUCACCAUGUUCCUUCCACUUGCCAGAGAAUGAAUGGCAUCAAGGCACAAAAUGGCGGGAUUAUAACCAACACCUCAGCUUCUAACCACCUUCCUGGGUGGGAGGAUGUUGAGUCAAAAAUCCCUCUAAAUAUGGAGGAGCCGGAACCCAAGCCAGACCGUCUCCUUGUCCUGAAGAUACUGUGGAGUGACUUUCUGAUGUGCUACUCGUCUCGCCCUCUGCUCUGCUGGUCUGUGUGGUGGGCCCUCUCCACCUGUGGCUACUUCCAAGUGGUGAACUACACACAGGGCCUGUGGGAGAAGGUGAUGCCCUCUCGCAACGCCACUAUCUACAAUGGCGGUGUGGAGGCCGUGUCCACCCUCCUGGGUGCUGUUGCUGUGUUUGCAGUUGGUUAUGUAAAAAUAUCCUGGUCAACAUGGGGGGAGAUGACCCUGUCUCUGUUCUCUCUGCUGAUUGCUUCCUCAGUGUAUAUUAUGGAUACUGUGAGGAACAUCUGGGUGUGCUACACAUCCUAUAUCAUCUUCAGAAUCAUCUACAUGUUACUCAUCACUAUAGCAACUUUUCAGAUUGCUGCUAACCUCAGCAUGGAGCGCUACGCCCUAGUGUUUGGUGUGAAUACCUUCAUUGCUCUGGCCCUUCAGACUCUGCUCACCCUUAUUGUGGUGGAUGCCAGUGGCCUUGGCUUAGAAAUUACCACUCAGUUCCUGAUCUACGCCAGUUAUUUUGCACUCAUCGCUGUGGUUUUCCUGGCUAAUGGUACAGCCAGUAUUAUGAAGAAAUAUAGAAAGCAAGAAGAUGCAGAAUCAAGUUCUCAUGUAACCACUUCAUGAUACACUGCUGAGAAAUUGCUGCUUAAAGCAAAAACUCUGCACAGCAACUGUGCCCGGAUGUAUUUAAAUUUUUAAUAUGUAGAUGUAUAUUAAUGUGCUUUUUAAGGCUUCAAAGCAGCCAACUGAUUAUACCUUGUGUUCCCAGAGUAACAAUACUGUUUAGAGGAGCCAGAGGUGAGGUUUAUCUUGUGGAUUAUUUAUAAAAGCUAAUUUAAACAUUAUUUUCUUCUGACUCAAAAGUGAACUUGAUUUUGAAAAGCACUAAUGAAACACAUGGCAUUUAGAUUUGAUAGCAAGUGAGUUUGGUGUUUCAUCAGUCAGUUUACUUCUCUGUAUCUGGUCAGCCAGAGGCGUGGCCCAGUGGGACCAGGGCUUCACAGGGGCCAUGGGACUUCACAGGUCAGAGUAGAAGUAUGUUCUCACAGCACCUGUGUUCACCUUAAUCCUUAUUUCUGUAAUACUCAUGUGCAUUUGUGUUGUGUUUCUGCAGAGGAAAGCUGUUCUUAUCACUGGCAAUACUUGCUCUGGUUUGGUGUUCUCACAUAUUAGGAAUGUGUGUCAUUUCUAAUUUUAUGUUAUUUUAAAAAAAUUCAUUAUAUUAAUGUUCUGUUUCCAUCUUGACAAUUUUGUAUUUGUGUAGAUUGUCUUUAGGAAUAUACUUUUGCAUUAUUCAUAUGCUUCCCAGAGAAGCUCAUUUAGUUAGAAAAUAAGGCAAGUUUUGAGGCCUGCUAAUAAUCUAAAGAGACCUAAUCAGAAAACUUAAGGUAUGUUUGCCUGUCUUUUAGUCUUCAAUCUGAAGAAUUAUUAAUUCUAUAAUGAGAAGUUAAUAUAUGGGCUAAAGAUACAACUACUCCAUUUUGUAUUUGGAUUCCCUUUUAUUUCCAAAAUAAAAUGAAAAGUCCUUUCUUUUUUUUAAAUAUCUUCAUCCCUAUUUAUACCUUUUAUAUUAUUUUUCCUUCUUAUCUAAGAUACAGAUGUCAUUAGGAGCUGAAUUUGUUGGAUUAUUAUAAGGCCUUUUCACAAACUGAGCCUCUUUUUAAUUAUUUCAAUAGGACAGGAACUAGCAUAGACUUGAUUCCUGCAUUUUGUACAUUAAAUCUGCCUUUGUUUCUAAGGGUGGAUCAUCUCGGAUUAUCUGCUUAAAAUAAUAAUUGCUGGUGAUUUCACUUCCAGGGUACUUGGAAAAUGUUAUUAGGUACGUAUCUAAUUCUGUAAUUAAUCUACCACGUGGCUGCUAGUGUAUGUGAGACACGAAAACCAUUUUAAAGCCGACUUUGUUGCCUUAUUUUGAAAAAAAUCUAGGUUAAUUUAUUUAGAAUAACACAGGUAAACAGUGUGAAUAAUAAUAUCAAGGUUCCAAAGUUGACAUACUCAUUUAGUGUAAGUGGGAAUUCUAGAAAUAAAUGAACAUAAAUAUAGGCCAUUUUCCAUUCACCUUCCUUUCUGAUCAAGAGCAAGAGCAGAGCACUAAGCGAAGGAGAAGUGAUGUCAUAAAAGGACAGCCUCCAAUUUUAUAUUGUAUCCUAUUUUGCUAUGUAGGGAAUUGUUUAUUCAGAAACAGGUUGAAAAGUGGUGUUCGAGGGAUUUUAUUUAAUGUAUUUUAACAAAAUGGACUGCAGUACAAUCAAAUCAUUUAUGUUACCAAAGCAACAUUUCCAUGGAAUUUAAUUCAAAGUUUGUGGUACACAACUGGAGCCUUUACUUAUUUAAGACAAUAAUAAGUUUAUCCUGGUGUGUGGCCAUAUUUCUAGAAGGCUGAGCCCAAUUUGCAAGUUGUACUGUAUGCAAUUUUGCAAAGAAGUGAAAAUAAUUUGUUGUACUUUUUAUUCAAUUCUGUAUACAUUAUGAAAUUAUUUUUAUUAAAUAAAUAUUUUACAUUAUA